ACAGUACCUAGAAAUAGCAGAGGAGAAAGAAAUUGAGAUAAUCACAAAAUACAAAUACCAGAAAAUAGAAGCAGAACAAUAGUUUAACACCAUCAAACAUCCAUAUCUGCCUAUCCCAGGUUUGGAAGGACUUGAUAGAUGGAUAAAAAUGCCAAAUUGAGUCUGAACAUCUGGCUUCAUUACGAGCCACAUUAUUUCCAUGUAAGUAAAAUAUAACAAGGGAAAAGCAAUACAAUAUUAUUUUUUAAAAAUUAUAGUUUCUUCCUUUUGUCAAGCACAGAAUAUUCACAAACUGUACCAUACAGUCUCAAGUAAUAAUCCAUUUUUAACAUCUCUGGAUUUUAGAACCUCAUUGUAUGAAGUUAUGACUCUGGCAGCGUUACCUGAGACUGAAGGACAUGUAUAGUUUUGAAUGCACCACGCUCAAAAAAAUAAGGGAGUGGGGAGAGAAAGUUUCCAUGUCAGAGACCAGCAUCUCCCCCGCCUCCUUUUUAUAACUAAUGUUCUCUUUUAAGAAAGAACUUGCAGUUCGAAAUGGCUUAUUCCAUUCUGGUUGGACAUCAAAAAUACUUAAAUAAAAACCGCUCUGUUUCGACUGAAUCCUAAAAAAAAAAGGAUUACCAAUAGUUCAGGAAAAGGCUAAGGAAGGCGAGAGAUACUUGAAAGAAAAAGAAUACGGGCAAGCAAAGGAGAGCAAAGACGUCCACCUACGAUGCCCAAUGGUAACGUCCGAAGGUUCCCCUCCCCGCUCCUUUCACUGGCUGCCGAAAUACGUCAUCCGAUAGAACAGGAAAAGAGAGGGUGGAAUUCCCGGCAUGCCUCUUGGGUUGGUGCCCGGCCGAUGGCUAAGAUGGCGACUCCCAUGCAUCGUUUGAUUGCUCGGAGACAAGCAGAAGCAAAUAAACAACAUGUAAGGUGUCAGAAAUGUUUGGAAUUUGGACACUGGACAUAUGAAUGUACAGGGAAAAGAAAAUAUCUGUAUAGACCAUCACGAACAGCAGAAUUUAAAAAAGCACUUAAAGAAAAAGAGAACCAGCUACUACAACAAAGUUCCGGAGAAUGUACUACAGAUAAAAAGAGCAAGAAAAAAAGGUCUAAAAGUGUGACAAGUUCCAGCAGUGGCAGCAGCAUCACCUCAGCUAGCGAGUCUUCAUCAGAGAGCGAUGACUCCUCCUCCUCCUCCUCGUCAGAUGACAGUGAUAGUGAUGAAAGCACAUCCAGUUCUUCGUCUUCUCCAUCAUCCAGUAGUUCUUCUAGUUCUUCUGACUUUGAAACAGAGUCAAGUUCUUCCAGCAGCAGCAGCAGCAGCAGCACAGACAGCAGCACAGACGAUGAACCACCAAAGAAAAAGAAGAAGAACAAUUUGGUGCGAUGCUAGGACUAUGGUGGCAGUAAAAAAUAACUUGCGUCAAAAAUGCAUAAUGGCCAAACUAAACUAACCGGUUGUCUGUUUUUACAGUUGUAAAACGGUAUUUGUUUUUACAUAGUAGUUGAUAGGCCAUAAGCUGUUAAAUGGCAAGUAAUACAAACUGAAAGAGUAUUUUUGUGGAUUACUGUUUAAUAGGGAAUGCUACCUUUUUUCUUAAUUUUUAAAGAAAUCUAAUAUUUAUAUGAAUUAAGGUCCAGUCAUCCUGAUGUUUACAUGCCGGAAAGCAGAAUAUAUUUUCUGAAUCAUCCUGUGUUAUAGUCAUUCAGCAAUCUUGUGUUUACAUCAGUUUUAUAGUCUAAGUAAGAGGGAAGGAGAAUAUGAAGUUUGAUUUCAGAUGGCUAAGAAACCCAAAGCCAUAUUUAAUGUUCCUCCUCAGGUACAGAGGAAACAAUAUUGCAUUUUGUACAGGAAAAAAAAAAGCUUGUUUGAAAAAGUUAAAAAAAAAUAGUUCAAUAUUGUAGUCAGUUAAUGGCUCAGUAUCAAAUUUAUGUUAAUUGGAUUCUUUUGCGAUCAGUAUCCUAUAUACCGAUCUUAUUACCAUCUCAGUCCAGUAGGAUUGCUGAGCCUAUUGAAACCAGACUCUCUGUCUCGGUUGCCCUCUUGGACUUUGUCUGCAUAUGCAAAAUGAUGAUGGGUAGAGAUCUUCGCAUUAUACUGAGGAGUAUGUAUCUUAUCACCAUUAAGCGCUCUCUCUCUCUCUCUCUCUCUCUCUCUCUCUCUCUCUCUCUCUCUCUCUCUCUCUCUCAAGUCUUGUUGCAAGCCCUCCUGUAACAUUAGGUUUUGACUGACUGCCAUGUACAACUUCCUUUUGCUCUUUGGGUAGAAUAAUUGCUGGCUAGUUUAUUCUUAUACAGUACACAAACUUGUGGAAGAGGAUAUAGCUGGGGGAAGAGAAAGGUAAGCUCUAUUCCCUCAUACACUCUUCCAGGCAAAGAAAACUUCAUUACAGUAAUCUAUUGUGUUUCCGAUAGAAAUAGAUAUGAAUACUAUAAGUAAGAGGUAGCCAAAAGGAAUAAAAAUAGUUUAUGCUAUAGUUUCAAAAUUAAAACUCACAAGCUUUUGUCUAUACUAUUAUUUCCAUUUUAGAGGAAGUUAGAGAAAUAAAAGUGUUUGGGGUACUUCCUGGCUCCUACUUCUAGUCAUAUAACUUACUUUCGUAUUUUUCUUCCUUUCAGAGAAAGGGAUGUGUUUAAAUUUUUUCUCAUGUAAAGCAUUAGCUUGGCAACUGGUCACUGGAUAAACAUUUCAGCCCAGAAAUCCUUGGAAGAAAGGCUUCAUGCUGUGUUUUACAUUUGGUAAAAAUAUUGCCAGCUAGCCAUCCAGUUAUCAAUGUUUCUGUUCCUUUAAGCCUCUGUUUUUACCUUUUGCCAGUUAUCAAUUGUCCCCCCUCCCUCCCCCCAAAAAUCCUUGAGCUAUUAUGGUUGUAAUUUAGUGGAAUGUAAAAGUAAUCAGAGUGAAUACUUUACUAGAUCAUUUUAAGUUGUCUCUUUAAAUGCCAAAUCCUUGUUUAUGAUGACAUGUAAUGAUUUCAGAAUAAAUUCUUAGGGUUCUAUUACAGGCUUAAAAAAGAGUGUACUUAUGUUUAUUAUAAAGUGGAAAGAGAACACAAUGACACUGUAAAGUAAAGAAAUAUCCAAAAAGUAGCAUUUUCUAAAAUAGAAAGUUAGGAUAUUUAACUCAAAAAUCAAUUAAUAUUCCUGGGUAUCCCCUUGCAAAAAGCAUUUAAGUCAGAGAUAAGAAACUUAUUUCACUCCAAGGCAACAUUGAUUUCAGUUGACGAUGCUGAAACCAAAAGUCGAUAGGGCCAGUUCACUUCAAGCUUGCUGCCUCCAAAUUACUUUUCUGGAGGCAGAUCAACACAUCCUUUGCCUCUUGUAGUAAUUAAGCUUUUAAACUGCCUUUACUAAUACAGUAUCAAUUCAAUCUGUUUGUAAAUUGUGCAUAUUUUAGGUUAGACUUAUUUCUGAUCAGCACUUGACACAGGUGGACAUUUUUUUUCUGCUGCUUCCAGCCCUCUAGAAGGAGGGAGAUCUUGGAUUGAACCUGAAGACCAGACGGGACCCCGUCAUCCCUCUGAAUAUGGCUUGGAUAGAGGUUCUCCAUGUACAUAUUUAAACACAGGAUGAAUAACAAAUUGCUCUUUAAAUCAGAGGGAAAUCUUCAGGCAGAAGCCUGCUGUAUUGACAUAUGGCAGCAACAGUUCUAUUAUAUAUAUUUUUAGCAACACUUGUUUCUGCACUUUUGUCAUUCUUUAAAUAGUGGCUUGACAUUUGUUGUAAUAGCAAUUAUUCUUCUCAUCCAAAUCUAAAUGGUUUAAUGUACCGAAUGCCCUCAUCUUGUCUACAAGGCUAGCAUACUCCUUUUUACAUGGUUUGGACCAGAAGCCUGAUCCUCUGUCCACUGAAAGAGAAACAGCACUAUCCAGUACUAACAAAGACCACCUUCAGUUUUGUAAUAAAGAUCCUUGCAGGCAACUACAUACAUGUCUCUCUCCACUAUGUAUCAGAAUCUUUGAAUCAAGGCCAAAUGCUUUGAUCUUUUUAAUCAGACCUGUUCAAGCUUAAAGACUUCCCUUUAAGCUGUUUUUGCACUGUUCAUGGAGAGUAGUAUUCAGUGCUGCAGCUGAAAUGUUUCAUCUUUGUGCCUUUCCCUAAUAUUAAAUAUGCCCUGAAAGCAUUAUGAAAUGGAAGAGUUUGCUGCAUGCUAUUUUGGGCACCUGGAAAAAAUGUUAUAUAAAUGCUUUCAAUGAGAAAAAAAUUUAUUUUCAGUGGAGCUGGAUAAAAAAAGAUAUCUUUAAAUAUUUCCCCUUGUGAUAUUUUUGCAUAAAAAUUCUUAGCCUAUAACAUGCAUUUGAUUAAUCUGGUCGUAUUCUAAUUUACAGUCACUUAUUUAAAAAUGUGUAUUUUUUGCAUAGCACAAUAAAUUUGAAUGGAAGAUACAUAUUAUGAAAGAUUAUUGCAGUCCAUUUCUUGUAGGUUACAGAAAAGAAAUAACAGAUUAUUGUAAUGAAUUAUAGCUAUUGGAAGUAUUCAUUAAUCCAUACAGUUUCUUUUUAGUUUCUUUUGUUUUGGUGAGAGCCUUUUUAUGAGGAAUAUAUGGGAGGGGACAUGUUAAAUAUCCUAAGUCUAGUUAAAGUAUGAAUCAAUGAUUGAACUAUUUUUUAUAUUUUUAUGAAAAUGUGUGUAGAAUGACUUUUGAAUACAAAUGUUCUAUUUAAAUGUUUAUGAAGUUGUGCAUUUUAGUCUGUAACCAUUUCUAUGUUUUGCAAAAUUUAGACACUAUAAUUCUAAAACUACCAGAAAAAAAAUUGAAUCAUGCUAUAUAGAAUGUAUAAUUUAAGAAAUUAAUAAAUUAUUAAAUGCAAA